AUGAUGACGACGUGCCGUCUGCUGUGCGCCCUGCUGGUGCUUGCCCUGUGUUGCUGCCCGUUAUUGUGCGUGGCAGCAAUGGAAGAAAUAGCUCGUAGUUCUGGAAAAGAUUCCGUUCCAAAGGAUAAUAGGCCAGAGAAACCAAUGCAGGUAACGGAUUCACAGAGUACACUUCCUCCUCCGCCGAAGGUAAGUGAGGAAGGGAAAGUAACAGUAGAGUCACAAAGUGAUCUCAGCCAGGCACAGGAUCGGGAAAAAGAUGAGAAAUCUACUGAGGAAGAGGCAGAUCGUCAUGAGAACGAUAACGCAAAUGACAACAAUAACAAAUCAAAUGCAAUAAAUACGACAACCACUAAGACAACUGCGACAACCACAACGACCACCACAACAAAGGCACCAACCACGAUCACCACCACUGCGCCAAAGGCACCAAGUACUACGACCACAGAGGCGCCAACCACGACGACCACCCGCGCACCGUCGCGUCUGCGAAAAAUCGACGGCAGCCGCAGCAGCUCUGCGUGGGUGUGUGCCCCGCUGCUGCUCGCCGCAUCCGCGCUGGCGUACAUCACUGUGGGCUGA